CCCCUGCGCCUCGUCUUGACCUCGUGCUGCCCCCGCCCACCCUCUGGCAAAUGUUAGCCGCUGGAGGCGCCCACACGGCCCUGCUCAGGAGCGACGGCAGCGCCGUGGCCUGCGGCUGGACUGUUCUCGGUCAGUGCGACCUCCCGGCGCUGGUGGAGGGCCUGACCUACACGCAGGUUGCGGCUGGAAGACGCCACACGGCCCUGCUCGGGAGCGACGGCAGCGCCGUUGCUUGCGGCUUGAACGAUGACGGUCAGUGCGACCUCCCGGCGCUGGUGGGGGGCCUGAUUUAUACGCAGAUUGCGGCAAGUUGGCGCCACUCGGUCCUGCUCAGGAGCGACGGCAGCGCCGUGGCCUGCGGCUGGAAUGUUCUCGGUCAGUGCGACCUCCCGGCGCUGGUGGAGGGACUGACCUACACGCAGGUUGCGGCUGGUUGGCGCCACUCGGUCCUGCUCAGGAGCGACGGCAGCGCCGUGGCCUGCGGCUGGAAUGUUCUCGGUCAGUGCGACCUCCCGGCGCUGGUGGAGGGCCUGACCUACACGCAGGUUGCGGCUGGUUGGCGCUUCGGUCCUGCUCAGGAGCGACGGCAGCGCCGUGGCCUUCGGCUUGAAUCGUGA